AUGAUACUUGCUGAUUGUUUACCUCGAUCAGAUGUAAUACAAAUGUCUAAUACUAUGGAUAAAACAAUACUCAUUGAGGACCUUACGAAAUUAUCAAUAACAUCAACUGAAUUGACACCUAUUGAUGAUAAACCUGGUUCGAUCACUCCGAUUAAAAUUCCACUAGUAUCAUUCGCAUCAAUACUGGCAACAUCACCAAAGUUUAUUCUUGUAAAUGAAUUUACAAAAAGAAAAAAUCAAUUUAUACUCUUCGAUGAACAUCUUCAAAAAUCUAGUAAACGUUCCUUUAUACAACAACCUAUACUAGAUAGUUUAUGGUAUAAUAAGGAAGAAAAAUUUCUUCUACUCACAACAGAAAAUAUAUAUGAAUUUGAUCCCAAUACAAUGAAAAUAGAAUUAUUACAGGAUAUAAUACCAACAGAAAACAAAAUGUUUAAAUGUUUUACAUUAUUAAAUCAAUCGACAUUAUUAAUUGCAUAUAAUGAAUGGGGUGCAGAAUAUAUUGAUAAAUGGGAACAAGAUAACGAAAAUGGAUCAUGGAAACUUAUUGGGAAAAUGUCAUUGGCAUUAACUUAUAAUGAAUUUAUUGGAAAUAUAUUGACAAUUAUAGAAGAUGAUUCUUCAUAUCUUAUGAUGACAAUUUAUAAUAAUUUUACUGAACAAUGGCGAUUAGAAAUUCGUGAUAUGAAAACAUUCUUAUGUCAUCAAACAAUUUUACUUCCUGGUUCAAAUAUAAUGCAUGACUAUUGGAUGUUAAAUCAAUUGAUUCCAAAUGGAAGAAAAUACAAUUAA